AUGGAGCAAUCAGCUCAAAACCCUAUGCAGGGGUUACCUCAUGGGAAUUCCUCACUGCCUUCAGAUUACUGGAGUACGCUUGAUCCCGCCUACCCCGAUCCCGAGCAGCAGCUUCAGCAGCCGUCUCAACCCCAACACCACCAACAGCAGCACGAUUCUGCAUCGCAACAAACACCCCUUGGUAUUGGAUGGGACCAUCCUGUUUUUCAACAACAACAGAGAGAGAUAGCCCCACGACCGGAGGCAAACCAUGGCAUCUACUCAUCAGUGCACCAGCCUUGGCAGCAAACAAACCCUCUGCAACAGCCACCACAGCGAGGAUAUGGAGCCUCGCCCCAGUAUCAGAUACAUUCACAGAAUCCUCAUUUCCAGCAAGGACAGAUGCCCUUUGACUCUCGUCCCCUGAGUGCCUCUGAAUCUCCGGCAUUUCCAUCAUUUCCCUACCAGCAAAAUUACUUCCAUCCUCAACACCCCCACAUUUCAGUACCAGACACUUUUCCCGAAACAACUACGCAACAGAGAAUACAGCAACGGCCACAACAACAACCCCAGUCAUCAAUUUCUCCAUACCCUUUACCUCAAGGCUACUCCUCAGAGAUGCUCCAAAACACAAUUGAUUUGACCAACGAUUAUUCUGAUUCAGACCCAAAUGUCACCAUUAACCCUCAGUUCCUAAAUUCCACCCCGCAGGCAUUUAAUCAACAGCAGUCUUCGUUGGCAAGCAACUUCCUUCAGGGAAUCCCUGCAGACUUUCAACGACAAGGGAGUGAACAGGCCAGGCUAUUCAAUUACUACCAGCAUGAUCUUUCAGUUCAGUCACAAAUGACACCAACUGGCAACCCAGUGCUUCCGUCUAGAGGACUACCAGUACCGCAAGUUGUAAUUACCAAUAAGAAGGGAGCUUAUAACAGUCAGCAAGCGCAGAAUUCUUCUGCACAAGGCCAGACGAGAACUGCCUCUAACUCGGAAAGUGAAAGUUCGGAUGAGUCUGAUCUUGAGAUUGAAGCACCUGAUGAGCCGUCUCCUAUUCCUCCGAUCCGCCCGACUGAGCCCGAGGCUGCAGCACAGUAUGAUACCCUCCAAGCUGUGUGGUCACCAAGGAACAAAUGGCCUGGUCCCGAGAAGGUCAAGAAUGCGCUGGUAGCCUACAAAGACCUUGUCAAAUCAUUGAGAGAUGCGUGGAAGGAACAAGUUCAGGCUAUGAAACUAGCUGAAAACCAAGACGAUAACCAGAAAGCAAUCAAACUCAAGGAAAGGGUCAUUUCGCAACGUCGCACUAUGGAUAAAAUUGCGACCACAACACUGGAAAUGGGUCAUCCCAAUAUUGUUGAGAAGCUGGGAGAGCACCCUAUGGUUGUGGCAGCUCUAUAUUCCUUCUUGGUCGACCGUUUCCAGGCAGCAGAUUUUGCUGGGACUCUGACUAUUAAUUUGCUAACGCUCUUCUCGCGUUUCUCAUCUUUGACAGAAGACAUGAUGCAGAAGACCAAUCUUUCCAAAUUGCUGCCCAAGUUUCUCAAAAAAGGUGGCCAGCAGGUUAGGGAUCUCACACAGAAGAUACUAGAUAAUGCUGCGGCCUCUACGAAGCGUAAGCAGGAGAGUGAAAUGCCCGCUAAAGAGGAGUCGAAUACAAGAGCUCCUUCAGCAGAUCAGCCUAAGGGAGACGCUGGAGUGAAGCGACCCCGUGAGGCGGAUAACAAUCUGCAACCUGGCGCAAAACGAAUGGCAGUUCCCAACAACUUGAAGGAUGUGAAUAAACUUGCAUCUACAGGCAAUGGACAGGCCAAGGGAGCACAAAGUAAGCCACCUGGCGCCGCAGUUCUGCGCCCUAAACCCAAUAUCGUGGCUCCCAAGCCGACAAGUCUCUUUGGCACUUUAAGCUCAGCGUCAAAGAGGCCCGGGACCACAAAUGCGGAUAGGGCCGCCGCCGCCGCUGCAGCAAAGCCAACUGCUGCUGCCGAAAAGGAGAAGACACCAGCCCCCAAGCCAUCUUUCUCCUUUGGUGACAUUAUGGCCGACUUGAACAAGCCAAAGCAGGCACCAACCCCCAAGCCGGCCGAAGACCAGCCCCCGGAGACUGAAGCUGAGCGCACAAAGAGAUUGCGUAAAGAAGAGCGCCGUAAACUUCGCGUGACCUGGAAGCCGGAUGAUGCUCUUACCGAAGUUCGACUAUUCACCCAUGAUCCCGAUGAAGAAUUAGAUCCCGGCGAUGGGUCAUUACGUUCACGAGGAGACGUUAAAGGUGAAGGUAGCGUUCUUAAGCUUCAUAAAGAUAUGGACGAACUAGAAGAAGAGGAUCUUGGUGGGAUCCGUGAGACCGUAUUCCAAGAUGGUUACAUUCUUUCGAUGAUCGAUUUCGAUUUCGAGGAAUCAAAAGACGGCAGUUUCAUCAAACGCGGUGGGCCCCAGCUGCCAACAAGUCCCGAGAGGGAGGCCCAGGAGCACCGGGAAUCUACUACCCUCAUGGUAUUCUAUACUUCUCCUGCCGACAUGCCUGACACACCCAAGGAGCCACCGACUCCUGAUCCCGACGAGAUUGUCACCGAGGUAUUGCCGUUUGGAGAGUUGCCCGACAUGGUCAAGGUCCGCCAGGAACGUUACUACUCCUAUAUUAACCCCAAGCCUGCGGUUCCCCAACCAACCCAGCAACCGCAGCAACCUACCCCCGGGGAUAGUGGAUUUGAUAUCUCCAAUUUGCUCAAGAUCAUCCAGGGUGUGCCUGGACAGGCGCAGCCAAUCCCACCGCCACAGGCAACCCAACCUGGAGUCAUGCCGGAUCUUGAGAGGACCAUCAACAUGUUCCGUCAGCAACAACCUCAACCCCAGGUCCCUCCAUCAGUACCCACUUCUCAGCCCCAAGGCCUUGACUUCAACACGAUCUUGAAUGUCAUGAAACAAAUGCAGGGGCCGCCUGCAUACUCCCAGCCUCAGCAAUCGCAAUCAGCGAUGGCACCCAACCUCGGCGCCAUGUUCGCACAAUUCGGUGGGCAGAACCAACAACCUGGUGCUCUCCCAUUCCAACAGCAAGGCUAUGACUAUGAAGACCCAGAGCGCAAGCGAGGCCGCGAGGGCGGUUAUUAUGACGACCAGUCCAACUCCGAUUCAUGGAGCCGCUCGAAACGGACCAGAGUUGGCGCCAGCGAGGCUAAGCCUUAUAAGGUGGGACUCGUUGCUUGCAGAUUCUGGGCUGAGGGCAAGUGUCGCAAAGGCGACAACUGCACUUUCCGCCACGAUCCUCUCUAA